AGACCUUUGUGGUAGAGCCAUUGAGGUGUCUUUGUUUGAUCUUGAAAAAAAACCCUUCAACAUAUUUCUGACAUGAUUAUCUAAACCUUGAAAAGUUCUUUUUCUACCAUAGCCAUAGCAAAAUCAAAUUGCUUCUUCGUCGAUAUAUUUACAAAGCAAAAGAGGUCAGAAUGAAAAGAUCUAUUCUUUGUUUGCUGGUUGUGCUCUGUUGGUCAAGCUUUGCACUAAGUGCUCUCGUGGAGGACCCUGAUUUCAUAGAUGAAAAAGGAAAAGCGCUGAAAAACUUUAAAGGUAAGUGUAUCUGUGCUUUAUCUCUCCCCCAGAACUAUUUACGCCUUGUCAUUUUAAUAAGGACGAAACAUAAUUACUCUGUCAUUAGUAGAGAAUACAAACUUCCGCUCGUGGAGUCAUUUCACCUGCGGGUCAAUGAGUAACCACAGGGCACUAUCCUCCUUUAAACUGAAGCGCGUUGUUUCUUGUUUUGAUUGUCAAAUUAGGAAAAAAAUUUUAGCAAAGGUAAGAAGUCAGUAAAUAAUUGCACUACAUAGAACAAUGUCAAAUAAACAAAGUAAGUAAGUAAGUAGUUUUAUUGACGUAAACGUCGCCAAUAAUCACAGCCCAGCAGAUGAUUAUGAUUCACCGAUUGUUCCUAAUCAGUCGUCUUCCAUUUUAAUUAAAGUCAUGAGGUGGACAUAUUUAGAACUUUAGCGGUAUGAAAUAUUCGCCAACCAAAAUGGGGUGGUCGUUGUAUUAAAGGUGUGAGUUGAUUAGCGAUCAUUAUCAACAUAAUGAAAAUAAAUCCUUGAAUGGUUUCAUCUGGACCGUAUCAAGGUUAAGCACAUCUGACACAGAAAAUAUCUCCGAAGCCUUAGCCACCAUUGCCUUUGUACCGAUGAUCCAAAGUUCUUCUCGAAUCCCCUAUGUUUCACAAAGGUAAAAGUUGGCUUCUGAAGCCUCAAAUUCCAGUAGUAAUGGCAUGAUUUAAUAUAUAUACAUUUAUGGAAGUUUUUGCCUCCCGACACCAAACGGUGACUACAACCCAUUUUGGUUUGGAAGGUGCGCUCAAUGAAUAGUGAAUGCGCUUGAAUACAGAGCGAGAGAUCGGGGUUCGAACCCUCUCUGGUUCAUCGCGUUGUGUUCCUAGGCAGACACUCUACUCUUGCACUAUCAGAAGGCUUUGUAGAACUUCGCGAUUUGAUAGGGGCGUCCUACAAUAUAUUAGCGAGCCAUUUAGGAGGAUAAACAAUGUUUCUAAUCAAUUAUGCUUAGAAACCAGGAUACGCUCCGAUGGUACUUAGAAGCCAGGUUCGUAAGAUUUAACGUGCGUAUUGUCUAAUUUAAAAAUUGAGGGGAAAACGCAUCCUAUAUCUCCUUCUAAGCACUGGUCGUAUCUUCUAGCUUCAGAUUAUUCCAGCUGAGUUUGUUUCGUCUUGUUUUUGACACCAGAAUCUUGAACCUGAUUAUGGCCCCAUAAGGAGUGCCCUAUUAGCUAACGAGAGAUCUUAAAUUGAGACAUUUGCAAGACCAAACUUGAUUUUACUUUAUGCUUGUUUUCCUGCUGGUAAAUGAAAGACGCCUCAUUUUAUUUCGCGCAGUGGUUCCAGGCUCAAGAAGAGACAAAGUAGACUACCACAACGUAGAACAAGAGGCAGGAAGAGCUGUUCUUAAAUUGCUUGACGCCAAAAUAGGUAAGUUUUUGUUGAUCCAACGACUAAUUCGGCUUACUCGCAAAUAUCUUUUCUAUAUUUGACAAAUAUUCACCGAAGUGGAGGCAGUUAGUGAUGGAUAUUUACCGCGCUAGCCACUGAUAAUGAAGUAAAUUGUUGUUUUAGUAUAUUCUAAAACAGUGAAAUGAUACAGCAAAAAGUACGAUUGAAUCUUAUUUGUUCAUGAAAUGAUUUUACUACUUUCGAGCCCAAAUCCCGCGCGCGUUUCUCGAAGGUGAAUAGCAAGAGAAUUGGGAGUUUGAGUAGCCAAUCAGAGCAUGCAUUGAACGCCCUCCAUAUAUACUAAAUAUGGAUAUUCCUUUCUUGGAAGCUAAUCUAAGACAACCAUUAGUUUUCAGCUUUGCAACGUUUAUGUCUCGUCAUUUCUAGGAAAGAAGGUUAAUGACGCUGCAAAAGAGGUCACAGAUUUCCUAAACGACGCAGUUGGUGAGAAUUAUACUAAUUUUUCUUUUGUAAAAGCAGGCGCCCAACACUUUCUUACGGCUGUAGCACAACUGUAACACAACGAGUUAACCUUUUAACCUCUAAGCGUGACUGGCAUGUAAUCUUCCCUCACAAUAUUCAAGCAUAAGCUUAAGGGAAUAAUGGAAACGAUCUCUAACUAAAGGAGUUCUUUCUUGUCAAACACUAAAAUUAUCCUCGAUAGCACCUUAGGAAAUUUAUAGUGAUUAGUAUGGAGAACAUGUUGGGAUGUAAAGGGCUUUGCGUUUUAAGAACGUUAAUAGGCGCGUACUCAAUGACUAAAACAAUUACUUCCGUUUUCCGUGUUUGUUAGCCUCAUUCACACAUGUUCACGCAGUAAAAUCUUUGUAUUCAUCGUGAUAAGGUGCUACCACGCACAGUAGCAUCAUUAAUGUUAUGCGUGUGGCUAAAGCCAUUUCUCACGAGAAUUGAAAUUUUAUAACAUAUAAGUCGAGCCUGACUUUGAAUUUCAUUUAAAUUAGGCACAACUCCGUCAUCAGUUAUUUAAAAGUAGGAUGGAUCAAAACAGCCUCGUAUUAAGCGUCGCUACCACUAUGUAUAUCAGACUUCAGUAACCCACUUUAGAAACAUUUUUUAACUGACUCACUGAACAACCAAGGUAUUAGAUUCAGAGACUUUAAAUUGUUAGUAAGCUCAAUUGAAUGAUAUAUCACGUCCUGAACUAACACUUCACCCAAAAUGGUGGUCAUGUCUACAGGUCAUCACGCCCAACAAAGGACAAAAGAUAUACAAUCCGACAAGCAAAAAGGUAAAAAAUUACCAGAUGCCUAAUAUCUUUUAAUGAAAAUGGAAAACAUGCCGUAAAGAUAUUUAAUUACAAACUUACUUCUCUCUCAGCCCCCCUGCCCCCGCCCAACUGUCGUUGAUUAUUUGUUUUCAUCGGCUCUCACUGAUUUCUUUGCCUCACAAGGUGAAGAUUGCUAGAAUGACUGGCAUUUUUUUAACACAAUCAUGGUUGGCGUUUUGCGAUUGAAAUUAUCAGUAUCGUAUCUUUCUACACCUUGCAAUUAAAGUUCAAAAUGAAAUAUUGUCCAUACUUGUUCUCAAUAUUUUUAUUUGUUUGUUUUUUUUGCAUCCUUAUAAACAGAAAUGUCCCUUCUUCACCUUGGGGCAAAGAAAGUUCUCGACAAUAAAGAUGAAGAAAACAAGCCUAAAAAGAAUAAAGAUGGUUCCUUUCUUGUGCAUUUUAAAGUCCCAUAUAUUGUGACACCUGUCGAUGAGAAGAAGAAAACAAAACCAAAGAAGUAUCAUCACAAACACGGGAAAAAGCCACAUUUGAAGAAAUACCAUCACCGCAUUUUGCAUCACGGACAUCAUCAUCACCACCAUCAUCACCCAGCUCAUGCAGCAGAUGCAAGCAAACUUACGCAGCAGACUCCACAAGCCCCAUACAAUCCGCAAGGUGAGAGAGCGACGUUGGCUGAAGUCGCUUAGCAAGUGUCUUAGCAGUCUUUGCAUUGCAACAAUCACUGCAUGCUUGAAUAUUAACCAAGUUUCCAUGGUUACAUGGAUGACUGUUUGCAUAGCUGCAAGUUGCAUUGCUGUAUGGUUGCAUGAUUGCAGUAAUUCAUGUUGGCAUAACGCGUUUCACUUUUUAACCCUUUGGUUAAAAGGCUUAAAUUAUAUUGUCGUUUCCUUACAGCACCUCAGGCGCCGCCCUCACAACCCAACUACAAUGCUAUUGAUUUAAGCUUUAACGGUUACAACUGGACUUACCAGUAUAGUAAUGACACCAGUUCGGACAUGAUACCCUGUCAGGGAAACUGCAUGGAUCCUUGCACAACACAGUGCUCCAUGAGGCAAGAUUGCUGCUGCUGUGAUCCCAAUAUGAUGGCUCAAACCCAGGCCCAAGCAGCUGCUCCGCCUGCUGCACCAGUGUACCCUCCAGUAAGUUAAUAAUGUUCCUUUUGACAACAACUGACUUACACUUUUUACUCUGAUCAAAAACAAACACGAAAAGAUCACACAAGCUCUCUGGUGGUCUUCCUUGUCAUGUUACAUUACCAUUCAUAAUCCUGGGUUCUGACUGACUAGUGCCGUCGUUAAGUGUUAGAUCACACGUGAUGUGUUAAAAAUCGUAAAAAAGGCAUCAAAAAAGAUAGGAGGAUAAACUUUUACACUGAAUUACCUUUUAGGUUCAGCCAAUGGCCCCUAUGGCUCCACCUCCUUUCCAGCCUCCUCCUAUGCCAGCAUUCCCUCAAUCGCAAUGUCCCUCGGCCUGCAAAAGAAACUGUUUUACGUACUGUCCGCGUGAUUGCUGUGGAGUAGCAGGGAAAAGGGACAAGGUUACAAAGAAAGGAGCAUCAGAAAGCGAAGAGGAAACCACCGACAAAGUAGAGAGCGACGAAGCAAGUGGUGAUGAGAGAGUAACUGAAGAAGAGACCGAACGACAGCAUAAGGUGGAGGAUGACAUCAAAAUACCAGAAGAGAAAAAUGAAGAGCAAGAAGACAGUGGAAAGUCUAAAGAACAAGCAGAUAAUGAAGAAACCUUAGAAGGAAGCUCGGAGAGCAAAGACGACAACGAAAAUGACGAUUAAGUUUCGAAAAGGGUUGUCCGACACAAAACGAUUUCAUUGGAUUGAACUUCCAAGUGGCUCGAGCUCGUAUACUAGAGUCGGCAAAUCUCCGGAAAGAAUGCAAAGGACAAUGUUUAAGACGGUUUAUACAUACUUAAUUUGUUCCGUAAACUUCAAAACCUCCCCUAAGUGUCGGCUGGGGUUACUCCCAUGCCGAAAUGAGACCUAACUUACUAAGCUCUAACUUUUACAAAGUGUUAAGCUUACAUCAAAGAUGAUGUCUGUUUCCAACACAUUUAUGAAAGCAUCUGGAGGGAUGAGAUAUUGUUGUAAAGUACCUCAGGGAGAGAGGUUGUGAUUUCAAAAUGAACCUCGACUUUUAACCGUUACUGCUCUUUGAAAAGCCUUGAAACUUUCAGUGCACUCAAUACCCCCAGGUCAAUACAUUGCUGAUUAUAUAGAUCUUCCUUCAGAGGAGACAUUUCCUAUAGUAAGGUGCACCUGUAAAAAUCUAUAAGGUAGGGUGUGUAUAUCAAUGAAGUAGCUAAAAUGAAAAAUAUUUAAUAGGUUCAAAUAGGGAAAUGUAAAAGAGAUUGUGUUUUGCCCCUUUGAUCAGUUUGUAAAAAGAUAUUUCUUUGACUUAAUUAAACAUCAAAACGAUAUUUUAUUUCUCUCAGUUAUUGCGGUUUUCUUGAAGAGUUUUCUGGGCAAUAUCGAAAACUUGGAAAUAAAACUUUCAGAGUAAUCACGAAGAAUGACGCCAUUAUGCUAUUGCAUAAAGAAUUUCGUAUGCCAAAACAAUGCGUCGUGAGUUUUAGGUGAAAAAUUACAAGUUUUUAACGAAUGUUAUUUUAAAUAAAAAAAGCUGCCCUUUAAAAGUCGACGAGAAGGCAAUAUGUGCAAAGCAGUGUUAUAUUCCGGUAAAAGGAAAUGCACAAAACCUUUCAAAACCUGCAAAAAAAAUCCCGGAUAAAGUUACCGGAAGCCACGAUAGCUUGUAAUUCUUAAAGUUCGCAGAGACCAACCAACCAUCGUUUUGCAAAAAAACAAAGAAAGAAAAGAAGAUGAUAUUCUGUUGGUCUAUUUUGUAAGUUAUUUACCAGUCUGACAUCAGGAAAUAACCAUGCUGCAUAGGUUUUGUUUUGAAGUUAUCAACCUGUAAACUGCACGCAUCAGCGCGCUCAUAAAGCGUCCUCUUCGCGAACCGUCUUUUGUUGAAGCCGGUGGAAACGUUUUUUGCGUUUUUCAUAUCUGCAAAGGAAAACUAAACUUAUAUGAAACGUAGUAAACAGUAGAUGAAUUUCUCACAUAAUUUUCCUCCCAAAAAAUGUCCCAGUGACAUGCGACUGGUGGCGUAUUUUUUUAUUUGUUUCGUUUUCGUACUCUAAACAAAAGAUGAAAGCUUUUUCGAGUUCAUCUUCUUUCCUACACACGCUUGACAAUUCAUGGUCCCUGUGAUUUGGAGCACGUGGUUCAUGUGUUAAAGUCUUUGACCCCAGUCUACACCACAAGCAAAGUUUUUUUAACUUGUUACCCAAAGCCGUUAGCCGUGCAACUUUGACUCUGUUUACUCGCUUGGUUAACUUAUCUCUUGAUUUAUUAAUACUACCCAAAGACGACGAUUCUCUGAACGCACAUCAGUCUCGAUAAGCUACCAAGUUUUUUCAAAGCGCGUCGAAGUCCAACGAGGGCCAAUUUUUUGGCCAUGAUUGUAUAGCUUUUGAAUAUUUUUUUUAAUCAUCUGUCAAAUAACGUUUCAUUUUUUUUCCGUGGAGGAUCAUCUAGUCUGAUAUUAUGAAGUCAAACAGUUGUUUUGCUGUUCCACUUCUUCUGUGUUAUUUUAUAUGGAUCUGUGUCAGCAAAGAGACAACACAAAGACCCGAGAAGCGAUUUGACAUCAGAGGUAAGCUUCAGCGGCUAUCCAGUACUAACUUGCCAAUAGCAUCACUCUAGUAACCUCAUAGCGAAACUCAAACGUCCCUCUUCGCCACAGUCAUCGUUGGAAAGUAAGUCAUAAAUAUUCAUGCAAAUACCAUCCAUUUUACCACAUAUAAUUACUCAGAUCUCUCGAAUUGCUCUUAAGAAUUACAAUUAUGUCUCAUACACUCUUGUAGACUUUGCCGAGAAAUCUACCAACGAGAGUGAGGAUAGUUUACACUGAGGAUCAAAAUUGGCGUUCACUCUUAACGACAAAACAUUUCAGUAAUUCAGCCGGUAUUGGCUGGUAUUUCCUUAGUCGUCAAAGUUUUUGAUUCCCAAAAUCUUGUUAUCCGGUAUUAGCGAGCUUACACUUAAUAAAUAUCUUGCUUUUUCUCGUCCUUUAAAUUACUUCCUUCAAUCACUAAAAUUAACUUUGGUUGCAAACAAGUGUUCUAUCAUGUCGCCAAUGUUUACCCCGAGGACGGACUUCAUAUUUCUUGGAUAAUAAAUCAUCGGAUUUAUAUGUCAUCCUGCGUUCUAUGUAGCUGUGAAGUGAAUGGAUUUCCUCUUCAAUUUAUUAGAAUUAUCACCACAAAACUUGUUCCCGACUAAAGAACUGAAAGUCUCUUCAGAUGGAAACUAUGGAAAUACUUCAUUGCUUUACUCGCAAAAAAUCAUCAUCAUCGCAGUGAAAUUUUCUUGCAUUCCUUGUUCUCUUGUGCAAACAAAAAUCUGAUCACUUUCAUUGUCCAUUCAACAACCUCAAUUCUAGAGGGAAUUUGGAGUGAAGUACACCGUGCCAUGUUUCCGACCAGGGUGCAUCUUUCCCACUCAAAGAAAACACCAGCAAGAAUCAUUCGCUGAAUCACUGAAUCACAGCUAGACUGUUAGCCAACAAUCACAAUUCUUGACUCUCGGGCAAUAACAUCAUACUUUUAUUAAUGAUAUCUUACAUACUUUAAAAUUUGAGCAGUUAGAUUAUCAUAAGUACAAAUCAACAAAUGAAUCAAUCUCUCUUCGUCCUGUGACUGACUGGUGACAAAUUUAUCCCCCCGAAAAAACGGCGGGUACUGCAACAAUUGGAUUUAAUCCUGCCUCUCAUACUGUUCAGGUACUUCCACUAAUUGAGCUACGAUGUCUAAUUUUAGGAGCAUAUACCAUCCUUAAUAUAAAGUCAUUCUGAAACAGAAUUUGCAGUCGUACAAAGAAAUGUCGCAAAAACCAUUUAGCAUUAGACGCAGGGCAAAUUACUCGGCUUAGAACCUAACUUUACUCAAAUUUAACUCAGGUUAAUCUCGUGGUAAGCUGCAAGUGUAUAUUAUAUUUAUAAUUUCUUGUCUAAAUCCUUUAGGAAAGGAAUGGGUAGCAGCACAAAAAAUUAUCAACAAGUUGGUUGAUGAAAGUAUUGGUAAGUUCUUAGCAAUUGUUGUUGUCAUGUGUGUUGUUCAGUGUUGUUCAGUGCUUCUUGGCUUAAGAACAAACAGACGUAACUACAGAUUUAGGUUUCAGUCUUACUAAGUUUGCUUUAAUAUCAGUUUAUUUAUUAUAAAGCUAACAGGGUUUCCGAGGCGGAGCAUGAUGUUGAGCGUUUACUGGAGUCCAAUAUUGGUGAGCGACUUCUUUAGCUUUCAACUUUUAAAUCGUUAGUUAUUUUUAUCGGUCUGUGUUAAUCACCACUUAAAGAGAAGUGUAAUAGUGGAACAUAGUCUAUAGAUUAAGCUAGGCCUAAAAGUAGUUUCUUUGUUGGUAUAUCAUACCUGGCUUACAGUAUUCGAAUUGACAUGGAAUAUCAUCAUCACUGCUGUUGUGGUUCAGUUAAAAACGAAUCAUAAAGAAAGGCUUACCUCCCAGGAAAAGAUGAUGCGUCUAUUUUCCAACUGAAAACUCUGUUAUCCAUAAGGACGUACCAUUCUCAGAACCGAGGACAGUGUUGAGCAAAAUAUCUUGACGAAAGCGCCAUUUCGUUUCUACGUCAUCGGAACACUGCGGGCACAUUAGUCAGUGAUUGACAAAUGUUUCGUGUAAAUUAUUCACAAGGGAGCCUCAAUUGAGGAGAACACUAGAAACACGCUGAGCAUGCCAAGUCCACGCUGAGCGUCCAAGUCCCAGACUUUCCAUAUCAAAUCAACAAUGAUAUGGGGCCGUGCCCAGCAAACCCUAUAUAAAUCAGACAGAAACAUACAUGUGACGACCCCAUCAACAAGUUCAUUAGAAAUUUGAGUUACAUCUUAUCCAGAUUGUAGUUAAGUUUUUCCCCUUGAAAACGGUUUUAGAGCAGAGAGUUCUUCUAUUUAGUCGACCAGGCUAGAUUCGAAAGGUUUUUUUGAGCUGGACUUGAUUGAUCGACAUAAAAGCGAAUAAUCUUUAAUACGUUUUCAUUUCAGCUGAUCACAUCAAGAAAACUGGUAAAACGCUCCUGCGAAAGUUACCAAAAGGUGAGUAAAACUGUACUUGAUUCAGCUUACAACGAUAGAAGGCACAUACACUGGUUCUUAAUGUCACUUUCAAGCUUUAUAUUUUUGCGAACUCUAUGCACUAGGGCGAUGUAAGUUAUCAUGAGCCAUGUAUACAAAUACGUAAUUAGCCUAUAACUCCCAUGAGUGACCAAGACAGAACUUCUCCUUACAAUAUCAACGCGCUAUCGAGCAGACGAAUGAUAAGAAUAAAGAAAAUAUAAAUUAUGGGAUACUUAGCUUAUCCAAUACCAAAUUCUCCAAACUUACAUCAUAGGAACUGUAUGGAAGACAGUAAGGAGAAUUACAUUGAGAUCUUGAGAGUGAAAGUGUUAAAGAGCUCAUUAAAUUGAGGCCUAAAUGGUAACAAAACAUAUAGUUCAUAGAGAACUGAGUAUCAAAGGUUUUCCUUCUCUUCAAUAUUUUUCAUUAUUACCGAGCAAAACAUUUUUAAAAAUGAUUUGAAAAAGUAAAACAAUUUAGCCCCAUGAGAGAUUUGAACUCUCGACCCCUGGUUUACGAGACCAGUGCUCUAACCACUGAGCUAACGAGGCCAUCCACGACAAUGAAAUAAAUAAAUUUGAUCGACUAUGGCUCGGGGGGGGUUUUUACCGACAAGUUUUACUUGAGUGUGAUUUUUUGGGGAGGAGGGGGUAGUGGAAUUGACCACUUAAUAGAUAUUCAAUGGGGGCUUACAGUGUUCAGCCGUGUUAAACGACUCGCCAAGUUGAUUGGAGAUGUACUUGAAUAUAAGAGUUCGCAACUGAAUUCUCCUCACAGAAUGUACAGAUAAAAUUGAGCACUGCUCCGCUCUCGCCAAGUCUGGAGUUUGCAAGACAUCACCAAAGGCCAUGCAUCAACAUUGUGCGAAAACCUGUAACUUAUGCGGUAAGUCAUAGGUUAUGAUAGGUGAUGAUUGUAAAACUAAAAACUAGAUAAUUGUUGAGUUAAAAAGCCUCGACUGAAGUGGUUACUGCUGACGUAAAUUCUCGGAAGGAGUUACAAUUUUAUCUUCUAUUUCAAAGUAAUGAGUGGAUAUAAGUCUAUUGAAAGAGUAAACUUUUACUGUGACAAUGCGUUAAAAAAAAAUUAGUCGCCGAAGAUUUCUUUUCAGCCAAAUAUUGAUGAGUUUUUCAUUCGUUGUCUCUUUGUAUGCCUUCAUUUACCGGGUUUAUACUACUUUCCGUCUUUCCGCACUGAGGGCGAGGAAUUCUUGACAACACUUUAUAGAGGGAAUCAUUUAUGUAGGCUUGAAAUCAUGGGCUAACCUAUGGCUCUCUCUGUUUUAAAGAGGACAAUUUCUUUGAUGCCACACCCCACAUCGCCAUCGCGCUCAAGAAAGAACCUGAAAAACUCUUAAAGAAACAGCCAGUUGCCCCGGUCCUAAAAAAGACUUAUCACAAAUCUUUAAAGGAUAAAGUAGUGCCAGAGAAACCAAAAACUGAACAGUCUACGAGGAAGCAUGAAUUAGCAGGAGAGGGAUUUAUUCCGGCUGAUACGAUCAAAAUCCUUCACUCUAUAGAGCCACUUCUGUCACAGCAAUCCAAAGGGGUUAUGAAAUUCCAUGAAAAUGACUUGAGCCCAGAAAACGAGAAGAUCCGCGAUGCACAGAAGCUGCUAGAGUAUGUAAAAGUUCUCAACCCACCGAAGAAGAUGGCCAUCCUUGAAGCAAAGGUAUCUUUAGCAAACGACAAGAAAAAGUCUACUACUAAGAAACCAAAAAAGAUUGUCACACACGAAGAUAAAGACAAAGAACAAGAGGACAGGGAACAAAAAGACGAGGUGAAAAAAGAAGAGAAGAAAAAACCCAACCACGCACCCAAAUCGAAAGUUGCAAAGAAGAAGCUUAAAGUUAAGGGAACACCGCUGACAAGUUUAUCAAAGACAGUGACUUACAAGAAUCACAAGUACAAGAUCACACCAGUCGUGGACUGGGAGCGAAUUUCUAAAAUGCUGGAAAGUCUUGGCUACAAGGCUGUUCAUAUUGUUGGCGUCAAGGACAAAAGCAUCCACAAAGAUCUUACGGAACAUCUUAAAAAGCACGGGGUUGACAAUAUUUUGUCACACAAGAUAAAAGGAAAGGCCGCUGCGGAAACGUUUGUGUCAGCUGUUCACCGAGAAAAAUCUUGGCAUAAUGGUAAGGUUUUUUAAUGAUAAAGGUUGUUUAUUCUUUAGUCCUGUUUUUGCUAUUUUGAUGGGGAGUCUGUCGAAAAAGGGGGAUUGGCAGGUACUCUCAAUACUUUUAGACCAACAAGUCACCUGGAGAUGAAGGAUGAAGGUUCAUACUUUAAACUUUGGAAGUAUUAAUGAAUUCAAUCUCAACUUAUAAUUGUCGGUUAAUUAUAACUGAUAUUAUUUCUGUUAAGGUAACGAUGAACUCAUAAAAUGUCCAUCUGUACAAAUUUGAUCCCUCACUACCUGAUGUCUGUCGCUUUGUUCUCGAAAUUGUAUCAUUUGCGAGAUCAUUCGGAAUUUGAAGUGCAAAUCAGUUAUCAUGGUGGCUUCUUCUGGUAUAAAACAUGAUCAAACACUAAGAGUGUUUAUUUUGCAGACGAAUAUUUUAAGACACACUGCCAUCCAAAGUGUCUCACGAGCUGCGUAUCCUCUUGCAUGCCGGGAUGUUGCCGCGAGCACGACAAGGUUUCAGUCAAGACAGGUCUCGCCAAACAUUGCCACGCAUCCUGUUUGACGAACUGCCUGCCAUCCUGCGGUAGCGGCUGCUGCUCGGCUGACGAGGAGCGAAAGAGGGGCCACCACUUCUUACAUUAUCAGAGGAUAAAAGAUUACCACAAGGCUAAGGAUGAAGCGGCUUCCAAGCAGCACGACCAGCCCAAAAAAGACACUAAAAAGCAGGAAGACAAAGUGAAUCCCAAAUGCCAUCCGCAGUGUAAAGAAACGUGUAUUUCGUCCUGUGGCAAAGGCUGCUGCACAGACGAAGGCGAGAGGUUGAGAGACGAGAAUGAGAGAAAGAUGAAAGAUCAACAGGAAAAAUAUAGGAAGGAGAAACAAAAGAAGCUUCUGGAAAUGUACAAACCUCAGCCCAGGCUCUGCCCGGCGCCGUGUCCUCAGGUAAAUGAGCUGAAAAUAUUUUUCCGCGGUAUCAAAAUUGAAAUUAAAAGAUUUCAAAAACCUUUAAUUGUUUCCUGAUAUAAAGGGAACAAAUAAGAUUAAGAAUCUCGAUUCCUGGUCUACAGAAUCAGUAGUCCAUCCAAUGAGCUUUCAUGGCGACACCGCUGUGACAAUCUUCUUAUGAAAUUUAAUAUGGAGGUAAAACUCUCAGAAAAAAUAUUCUGCCUGUUGAAAAGAAUAAGGAACCCCUAUCCAGCGAGGGACCAUCCAGAAAAAUGUAAUGGGUCAAUAACUGAAAUCUGUAAUGUUUUACACAAAGAUAUCAAGUUGUUUUGCAGUCGUUUUUUUUUUCUUUUUUUAUAUUUGUUGCUUUCCUUGUUUUCAUGUGCUGUUGCUGUAGAUAGUUACCAUUCUCCUCUCCUCUAAAUUUCGUGGCUGUUAACGUUACUACUCCUGCUGCUGGUGGUGCUCUUACAACUGUUUCUGCUUAGAAAGUAUUCACUUCAUCUUGCCUUUAUUUUUUUUUCACCUUCUCCCUCCUUCUUUUAGGUCUGCGCUCCGGCUUGUGCUGAUGACUGCUGCGCCUUUGGAAAAUAUGCCUCACCACCUGCGCCAGGAAUCCCUGCUAGUGACCAACCCCAUCCUGGUCUGACCCCAAACGUUCCAUAUCCCCACUCCAAAGUCAUUCCUCUAGAGGCCUAUGCCUGUAAAGAAACCUGCAAGUUCUCUUGCACUUACGACUGUCCCCGCGAUUGCUGUCAACCGGAAGAGCUAGCUCAGGAAGAAGCUCAUGAAGCUGCCGCUCUUGCACCUUCUGCUCUUUCAUCUCCCGCUAUAGAAUCUCCAACCACAAUAGGAGCGCCACAAGCUAUGGCUUAUCAAGACCUCGCUCCUGCGAUGGGGACAUGCCCGAGUCCCUGUCCUGGUGGUUGCUACCCCUCCUGCACUGUGGCUUGCUGUACGUCAGCUCUGGGCCUUCCCCAAGAAAAUCAGGCAGAGUUGAGCCCAGAGGCACGUUCCUCCACUAAAAGAGUACUGCAUAUUACUCACCUGGUGCGACCAAUCACGAGUUUAAAUGGAUGCGCAUUAUCCUGCGCCACACACUGUACACCAGCAUGCGCAAGAUCUGGCUGCUGUGAUUCGUCGAAAAGAAAGAAAAGAUCUGACUGAAUCGUUUCGUGACGAAAAGAAGAAAAAAACAUUGCAUUUAAAAUCCAUUCAUCUUAAACAAUGAUCGGGAUUAAAGAUGUAAAUGCUGUUCAGCGGAAAACCCUAAAAAGACGAAGAACUUUUAAAAGUACCGCACAUUAAUGCCAAAGAGAGUGUAGGAGAAACGAUAGUUGCUACACUCCAUAGAAACAAACUUAACAUAGAAGUUAUCAUACAUCCUUUUCCCCUUUUUUUCUAUUCUUAAAAGCCUGCUUCAAGGCUUUAGAAAUAAAUAUUGUGACUCACCAAUACAGAUUUAAAAACGUAAAAGUUUGUUGAGUACAAAUUUAAAGCUAUAGAUAUAAUAUAUAAAGAUCAACGAAUCGAGAAAUCUUUUCACAUUUUAGGUGUGUUCUAAAGAUAUUGAAAAGAAUUUUGCUCUAUAUGUCAAACGUAUUCUAUUCUUGUACAUUACCAUAAAUGGUUGCACUUAUCAAUACGAUAUUUCUUUAAAAAAUAAACUCUUUAUAUUAUGAAAACUCUCUUUUGACAACGUUUCCUUUGCUGAUGCGAUCUCGAAUGGCAAAAAAAGUGAAAAGCUUGCCCCAAUUCUGUAUGCUGGACUCAGAAUGCUGAGUUUUAUUUUCAUUUCCCUGCCGAGGACUUUUGUUUGGACUUCUUAGGCGAUACGCUAUUCCCCCCUAGUGUUCCUCGCCACGAAUGAGUGUGAAAAUGAUACCGGAGUGUUGACAGGGAAACUUGAGUGAAGCCACGUCCAGGAGAAAUAGGAGAAAUUUUGUCCUUCAAUGCCCAGAAAAUUGUUUGAUUUAAUUAAUCGUGCCUGAGUGUGUUAAUUUUGCAAAAAAUUGAAUAAGGCGAGUAAUUCAUAUCCGGUUUUGGCUAGCACUUAUGCAUGUAAAAAGAGUGAUUUUAUUGUUAGGUUGAGAGAACCCUUGCAAAGGACAGUUGUUCUAAGGUUUGAGUGGCCAAUUCAACAACCUGAGUGGAAUUCAUCAUCAGUAAGUAAGGAUCAACGUUUACGGUAUUGAAUCCAAGCAAAUGGCCUGGACAGAUGAAUGAAUAAAUUAGAUAAUAGAAUGGUGCGAUUAAUGAGCUUUAUGAACAGGCGACGUGCAAAAAACAACCCAAUUAAUUACUAUGAGCACCCCUUAAGAUCAAAGAGCUCCAAGUAAGCUCAUCAAAUCAACCACAACCGCUGGGAAAACUGAUCGCAAUCAACUAGGAUAAGAUAAUUUAUUUAACGUCAAUUACAAAGGGAGUGGUCUCGCAAUCUCUUGAGCGCGAAGCUCAUGAUAUCAGUGUUCGAUAAGCUAUACAACUAUGGACUACAAAUGCUAAAAACUAAGAGAAAAAAUAAAAUUAAUACACUUAAGAUCUAUAGACUACCUAUAUCUGCAUAAUUAAUUGGUCAAGUCGGAAGGUAAUUGUGUCAUAGCGAGUAAGAGUAUUCAUGAGUAUCAGAAUAUGAAUCUACUUAAGACAAAAACUAGGUACUUUUAAUGUUUAGUAGAAAUUUACUUGAAAGUAGGGGAGGAAAAUUUGGAUAGGAUUAGAUGGUCUGUGCUUUGAUUUUGGCUCAGCUUCCAAGCUCCACUCUACAUUACCUGACCUUAGUUUUGCAAGUAUAAUCAUAUCUAGUAUACAUUGAUUACAACGAGUAAAUAGGAAAGUUUUGAAAUCUUGAUAAAGUAUUACCACCAUUAAGCAUUGAACAAUAAUCCCCGUAGGAUUCUGCAUUGUUUGUAACUCUUACAAAGAAAAUCAAUUACGAUCCGAUUAGGUAUAACCACUUUCAGUUAUUUAUUGUCAAAGGAAAAGGUGAAAGCCGUUUUCUUCGAUGAUUUUGUGAGAAGGAAUCAAAGGUCAUCCCAUGAUUACAACCGGCCCGUCAGAGGACCUUCGAUGAUUAAGGUAGUAGAGUUCAGAUAGUGCUGCACUCUAAAGCAGUCACAGUACAGUGCAUUGUGAGGCAUGAAUAGACACAGGCAGAAUUUUGUGACAUGGAUUAUCCUUUACACUGCACUUCCCCUCCAUGCACCACCCAAUCAAACACUUCAAUGUAUUAUUAACUGUAACAUAAGAGGCCAGUGAAGCGUUUAUCUUGUAAUAUCAUUGGCAACUAUUUCUCUCAAUUGAUAGCACGAUUACAAACUUGGCAAAACCUUUGAUGUAUUUGGUUACAAAUACAAUGCAGUUACACAAAGCACAAAAUCCACUUUAAAGAAAACUCGCACUCAGACAAAUAGACGAAUGAUAUGAUUACACGCCUUGUCCUUGUAAUCUCCUGGAACACAAAAAUCAAUGGAAAGGAGCAAUUAUGUAUUUGCAUCCUUCACAUGACAACCAUUUGACGCUUUAUGUGAAUUUUUGUCGCUUUAUCCACCCAGGUCAACCCCAGCAACAUUGUUUACACUUAUUUGAAAAUUCCAUGUCCCUCUCGGUCGUUUAUCACUUAAACACCCGUUAGAACGAAUAGCAUUUCUUUAUCACCGAGAACAAUGGCUCGUAAAUAAGUUAUGAGUUGUCUUGAACAAAGGAUCACAAAGGAAUAUCAAAGCUUUCGUGUUGGCAACAUCGAGACGCCUUAGGAAAGGAUAUUACCGAAAGCAAAAGGGUAAGAGUAUCUCUUGCGUUUCUGGAAAAAAUUCAAAAACAUCACCAUGCUGUGAAUUAGAUUAACCCACAUUUAACUGGGCUAAGGAGAGUCCCCUAAAGCGUUCCUCAACAGCCUCGCUUGAAGGUUUUAGAACAAAAGUCAACUAAUGUUAUUUUGCCCUAAAAAUCUCGAUUUUUUAUACGAGUAUUGAAUCAUUUUUGUAAUAUCUUCGUUUUAUUAAAAAAAAAAACAGCCCAUGCACGAUUCCCAGAUUCUAUUCGACUACGUUUCACAGACAAUCUUCUAACCACUCAACUUUGGAUUUAAAUUGAAACACAACAAUUAGCAAGAAAAUCACACUAUAUUUCAUUUUUUUUUAAUUUGAGAACAGAAAUCCCAUUUGAAUUACUUGCUCUUUUUCUUCAGAUGGACAAGAGACUGCUGAGUAUCGGGCUACUUCUUGCACUGGUUUUUAUCCUCUCAACAUGGACUUCUGAAGCGAAACAUCACAGUAAGUUAAAUGUUUAAUUUGCAUACGAACCUUUUACAAGUCCAACCCUUGUCUUGAUUAUGCUAAUUUUGCCACAAGACGGGAAAAGCGCUUAAUUUUUGUCGCUUACCAACCUUUUUUUUUUUAACUCCCUUUGGAGUUGAUUCAAUAAGGUUUUUGUUUAGUUUAAGCGAUCAGUUACAGAGCUGAUAAUUCUAAUAGAUGAGCAGAGGCCAUUGAAGUUGGCCACCACCUAGGUAACCAGGCAUUUAAAAAGCUGAAGAACAACAAUUCUCUCAAGUGGUUUAAUAUUUGCUUUUUGGUUAUUCACUGAACCAAAGAUCUGAUCACUGAACCAAAGAUCUGAUCACUGAACCAAAUGAUCUUUUGAUAAGAUACUGACCUAAGGAAGAAAAUAAUUACUUGUGCUGCUCGGACAAUUUUCUGACCCAAGACACUUACAAGUUCAUCCAACAUUAGCAAAGCCAAUUCAAUGUUCCAUCAGACAUUUAAACAUAACUGUGUGGUAAACGCGAUAAUUCUGAUGAUAUAGUUUCGCUCUAACAAUGGCUGAAAAUCAAUAUAGUUACCUUAAGCAAGAAACUAAAUAAACUAAAUGAAUUAUUAAUUUGCGGAUUCUAUAUUUCGUUUAGGUGCUCUAUUGAAAGAGCCUUAAAAACUGUUAUAGCACUUUACGUGUGUUUUGAACAGGCAUUAUUACGCAGUUCUGUAAUGGAAAUUAGAGAAUGUUACCCCAUAAGCAACGAUUAGUUUUCUAGCGAUUCGAACAAUAAAAAUUUAUGCCUCUUUAAAUCAGUUGCUAAAGAAAUUACGAUGACAUACCCAUACCUCAGAUUCAUAAAAAUUCCAAAUGUAUCUGUUUAAAUGUGAUGACAUAUAGCGAAACUGACAUCGUUCUAUAAAAGCUUCCAGCAACUGCUGAGUGCAUUCUAGAAUGUAGUUUACAAUUUGAUUAAAGAAUUUUGAAAAAUAACAAUCCAGACCAAGUUUAGGCCAUGAGGACCUAACUCAAAUAAUAAUAUUAAAGAUUUAAAGGAAAAAUAUUGUAGAAAAUGCAGGCUUCCCUUAUCGACCAUUCUGGUGUUAGAUUGUAGUUUUCUCCCGUAAUUCAAAUGAAAACAAUAAAGAUACAGACUGAAAAUUGUUGUCGAAAAGUGAGGCUUGUCUCUAUCGACCAUUCUCUAUUUAAAUGAUAGUUGUCUCGCAAAAGUUAAGCUUAAUACUCCACUCUGUAUCUUUAAUAGGACAUCACCAUCUUAAAAACAUACUUCGACACAAAAUUCAAAAACACGAAACGGACAAGAAAGUGAAAGCCAAAGCAGAAGAUAAAGCAGAGGAUAAACCAGGUGGUAAUUAUGAAAAAACGCAUACAUCAUGUUACCUUGUUCUUGGAAAAGAUAGAAAAUCUAAUUGACUUCAAUUAUUUUAAUUAUUUUGUAAUAUUGAUUUAUUCAUAAAUCCCGGUAUGUGCUUAAUGUAAAUCAUCAUUAUGUUUUUAUAAUUGGAGGUUUUUUCCAGUAAAUUUUCCUGAAAACUCACUGAUACCCAUUUAUCUUAAGGAGAGAUAAAGAUACUGAGAAAGGAGAGAGUCCUGGUGUCGAAAAAACAAAGAUAGGUCUGACACCAGGACUUAAUUAUCCGCAGUUCAGCGGGCUAAUCAUUGAUUGGGUCAUAACCUUUUCACACCCAAGAGUGACCAGGAAAAAAUCUCUCCUUACAAUAUCUAUACAAUAUCAAGCAGACAAAUUAUGAGAGUUAAGAAAAAUAUCAUUAAGGAGAUUUUUAGUAGAUCCAAUGACAAAUUCUCGGAACUAACAUCAUAAGAAUUGUAUGGCAGACAGUAAGGAGAAUUACUAAUGAGAUCUUGGGAGUAAAAGUGUCUUCCAUCCUAUGAUGGCCAAGCGGUUAUUACACUGAGCAGCAUCAAGGAGUGUGACUGGGUUCCGCCGAACCUUCAGCGAAACCUCACUAUAUGCUAGGAGUGAUCUGUGAUCGACUAGCAUACCAUUCAGGCUUCAUUUAAAUGUUGAAGCUCGCCUAUAUUUUAAGUUUCAAGAAAUACAUGUAUGUAACCAAGCAGCUCAUUCAUGUAUCUAUUUAUAAGAAGAUGCGAGUGGAAGUGGAAUCGAAAAGGAUGGUGCGCCGGAUUCUGAAGAAGAUGAUAAAGGUGUGUAAAUGGGCUACUCGAAAAAAGAAUUGAUUUUUCAGUAACCAGUUUUUUAACUGGUAACUAACAGUAACUAAUUAAGAAAAAUCAACAGAUUUACAUGUUCCUUUUAUUAGUCAUAUGGAUGUAUCAUCAUUUGCUGAAGGGGUCAUAGUCAAGUCCUUUUUUCUGGUCUGUUCUUGAGUAGCUCUGUGGCUUCUAACAAAACAAUGAGGAACAACUGAUUACAUUAAUUUGCUGAAUUUUUUGUUACUUUAUUAUUUAAUUUAACUGUAACAUUGGCAGACGAUGAGGAAACAAGAGAAGAGAACUUGAGAGAUGAAGAAGAUACCAAAGAAAAGGAAGAAGCAGAGAGAAGGUCCAAGAAAAAAUUGCACGAUGAAAGUAAUGUAUCAAAGUUUUCUUUUUAUUCGUUCUUUCCGUGGAAACUAGUUACAUAAGGCUAAGACAACACCAAAAGAUAAAGCCUGAAAAAAAGACAGUAACAACCAGAAGAGCGGGAAAAGGUAACGGAACGUGUCGAAAUUGCUUUACUAAUUUUGCGUCUAGGUGAUUGAGAGUGGCACGAAAAUAAAAAUUGAAAAGUAACAUUUUGAAUCAGGCUUUCUCUUAAGGGUAUUUUGUCUCUUAGCUUCAUUAUCUCUCAAUUUCAAAAUCUCCCAAGGAAUCUCACUUAAUGAAUACUAUGUUAUUUCCAGUCGAAGCCGAUAAAGGAUCUCUCAGGGAACUUCUAGACUCAAGUAUAGGUAUAUUUUUUUCAAUUUAGCUUUCACAUUUUUGCAUCUUUUCGCUAUAAAAAAAAGCCAGUUUGCUGACCCUGUAUCGUUCCUUUACAGAAAACCUUGCCAAGGCAGGAAAAGCGAUUCAGGCUAUCUUGGACGCUACAGGAAAAAACAAAGGUGACCUACACGUUAUUCAGUCGAUGCUUACAAACAUUUCCCCAGCUGGUUUCGUCCAGUCGUAAGAGUACUCUAUCCAUUAGGGUGGCCGAGGCUCGAUUCCCGAGAGUGACGUGGCAUUACUCAUGGGUUAAGUUUUUUGUUGGUUCUCGUCUUUCUCUUCAGAUUCUCCUCUUUCUUCCAUCAACCCAAUUUACAAUAAGAUUUGAUUUAGUCACGCACAGCCACUUGUCGGAUAUCACAUGGCCAAAAUCAUAUUAACAUAUUGACUUAUUCAUUCAUUCAAAAUCGAACUACUUUUGUGGGACAUUACAACUACGUGACGGUUGUUCAUAUUUUUAGAUAUCCCUGAGCCCAAAAUUGUACAAUUCAUUUUCUACCCUUCGCGCUGUUUUUACGAACCUAAGGCUUCUCGUCCUUUCUCAAAAAUCCCAUGUAACCUCUCUUGUGAACUUAAUUGUUUUCUAGUAAGCCAAACUUGUCCUGGAACAUGCCCGGAUGUGUGCGCACCCGGAUGUAUCUCGACCUGUUGCAAUCCAACGGCAAGUCCUAUGGCUCAAACUGCAGCCCAAGCUCCUUACCCUAGUGCUUAUCAACCUGACCCAUACCAAUAUGCCGCAGCUCAACAACAGUACAGCCAGUAUGGUCAGCUACCACAGGCUGCACAAGCAGCACAGGUUCCUCAGGCCCUCCCAGCUCCACAGACACCCCAAUACCCUCAGCAACCAUCAGCACAGCAGUGUCCACAGCAGUGCUCUGUGAUCCCAUGUCCUAGCGCCUGCCCACAAAGCUGCUGCAGUGCACAGCCACAGUACCCUCCGCCGGCUCAACAAGCGAUGAGUGCACCAAAUUUUCUGGUCCUUCCUCCCGCCCCAAAGAAACCAAACAACACCCAGUCGUCCAGCUGUGCUUCACCAUGCUCUCAAUCGUGCGCUCCUUCUUGUCUCCCAAGCUGCUGCUCCCCCUCCAUGGGCAUGCAAAUGGCAAUGCCUUAUCCACAGCAACCACCAAUGAUGCCCCAAAUGCCUCCGAUGCCUCAGAUGCAACAACAAAUGCCACAACAAGCAUGCCCACAAGCGUGCCAACCCGCUGCACCCGGUGGAUGUGCACCGCAGGCUCAAUGCCCGCAGCAGUGUUGCCCAAAAGGGCGCAGAUGAAUUUCUGUUUGACGUCAAUAAUAUCCACUCAUAAAAAGUAAUAAAAUGAAAAAGAAUUGAAUCAUACUUCUAAGAAAGGUAAACCGUUGGAUUUCGGGGUGACGCCUAAGGCGUUCAAAGAAUGUGUAGCUAUAGGAGCACCUGUGUGGAUUUUUGGCUUGUGUUCUUAGGUACGUGAUGUACAAAAAAACUAUUUGCUUUAAGAGUUAUUUCAUCAUUAGAACCCUUUAUGCGAUAUUAGAUUAGUUAGUUUAAGCAUCAAGCGUAUGCAAAAACGGAAAACACCAAAAUUUAUUUCGACAUUGCUCAGUCCCUGGUUCUCCUUAGAUUAAAUUUGUAUCAAAAAUAAUCGAAAAUAUCCAGUUUAUGCAAACCUUUCAAAUUAAGUGUACAAACAGCUGAAAUAAGACUAACAGAAGUUUCAUUUUUUCAUCAUUUGCUGCCUGCCGAAAGAGUCGUCCUUAACCUCUCUCGUGGGCAGAUUAGUCUUCACAUAAUUCCUGGCUAUAGAAAAAGUGCCAGACAUCUAUAGAUAUUGAAUUUAUAUAACCGGUAAAAUGCUAAUUUCUAGACCCGUUUGUGCAAAGAAUGCCGUCAUCACAAUAUAUGAAAAGUUACAAGCAUCCUUACGAGGCCCUCUCCGACAUUCUUAAAGAGUAAGAUCUUGUGAUCGGGUAAUAUAUCAAUUACGUUAUGUGUCUCAUGCGUCUAUUUUUCAUUCUGGUCGUACAUUUUUGUUUUGUAUUUAUUCUCAGAAAUGUGAAAAGGUUUUCGUGGCCUUGUGUCAAUGAAACUACAGCACCGUAAAAAAGGUAUUAAUUUUAGAAAGUCUUCACCAAAUAAAUUGUCAUGAACAUACCAUGACCCCUGUUUAGGGAAAGUAUCACAAUUUCAAUUCUAAACAUGCCAUGUUUUAAUAAACAGUGUUUCAGUCAAAUCCGAGUUGUGUGUUUUUCUCUAGUACAGGUUUCUGACCAAGUGAACCCAAAAGACGGCUCAGGUGAGAAAUUGGCCUCAAAAACACGUUCCACUCUCCUAACCGAUCGCUGAUACAAAACUUAAAACUACUCAAGACUUAGUGACCCGCAUCUUCCCGCGUAUCGGGGAAUUUGCUUUUCCAGUUUGGAUUCUCAUUGGCUCUUUGUAAUAUUUUUAUCUGAACUGGUUUUGGAUUUACCCUACUCAGUAGAAAAUUGCUCUUACUACAUAAGGGAUUUGAUUUACCUGCUGGCAAGGGGAGGGAGGAGGGAAGAGGUAUACACUGUGAGUCCAGCUCAAGUACAUCAUCAGCAUCAUUAUCAUGAUCCUCCACAUGUCUUUUGCCAAAUAUAGCUGACUUUCCAUCCAACAAUAAUGUGUAUCCCAACUGAGGAAAGGAAGUUUAUUGCCUCUCGGGCUCACCUUCCGUCACAUUUUAUACUUUUAACCUUUUACUUCCCAAGAUCUUAUUUUUAAUUCUUUCCUCUAACUGCUAUACAUUUCCUUGUAAAUUAGUUAGGAGAAUUUGGUGUUAGAUCAGGAUAACGACUUCUAUCUGAUUAUAUUGAGUAUUCUCAUCACUCUUUUCUGAAUAAUGUAUGAAUAUUAAAGGAAGAAGUUACAUGUUAAUCAGCACUGGGAGUUAGAGGGUUAAAGAUCCUUUUUUAUACUGUUUUGAAAGUCUACGAAUGAGUCAUAGGAUGGAGCUUUGACAAAGAACACGAAUCGCCCAAAGUACAACAUGCACAUUAAAGUCCAGAGGUGUCCUUCACGAUAAGAUUCGAAUGUCUUAAUAAAAUUUUAAUCCUAUAUGUAGACAUAUAAGACAUCAUGAGGUAACUUGGCGUUGCAGAGCUUAACUGAGAAAAAAUGUUGCACAAUAAGAGCAUCAAAAUAAUGAUGCGUUCAAUCAGAUUUUGCACAUUUAACUCUUUAUAUCCCACAGUUUAAUUAAAUUGUAACGUUUGUCAGUGUUUGGCUUAUCUAGGGGGGAGGUGAUAGAAACGAGCCAACUUAUCAACUUAAGGGUGUUAUUUUAAUAGAAAUCCCACUUCUCUUUACUAAGGUACAGUUUAACGUAAAGAAACUGGAAGGGAGAAUUGCUCUUUUAAUCUUGGGAGAGUGAAGAUUAAACACUCCCAUAUAUGGCUGGCCCAAGAGACAACAUGGUAAUAUAGGUGAGGCGGUAAUCAGUUAUUUCUCAAAUGUGGAAUCAAAUAGAGUUCAUUGUAAUUUUUUUUCCCAUUUUAUUAACUUUAAAGUGAUCGUUAUAAAAUUUUUUUCAACAUAUUUGGCUAGAGAAUAUUCAGGAGGUCAAGAAACGAGAUCAGAUUCUCAUCCAGUCAAUGAUCUUAUCGUCAGAUGACUCACAAGGUCAAUGCGCACGCGUAGUUUACAGAGAGCAGGGCAAGUACCAGCUGAGCGGAAUAAAUAAUUCAACGAAAAAAGGAUUUUUCGGAAAAGGGAUUUUGUUAACAACUCUCCUCUCCUCUUUACUGCUGGACUAAAAGGGGAAAGGUAUGAUGUUUUUAUUCUUAUUUCGUUAUUAUAGAUGUGUAAAUGUGCUGUGUCUCAAUGCAACUUACUCGUGGUACCGCACGAAGCGAUUUAGACAGAGAGCCACACGGUUUAAUGGUCCGUCAUAUAAAUAGUAGUCUUGAAGUCAAUAACAAAACGUUUAAUAACGGAGAUCGCUCGGCAAGACGCCAUGAACAUACGCUGCUCUCUUCAGCCCGACUGUCUAUCAAAGAAAUCUCAUAAACUAGAAACGCCGGAUCAUCAGUUCUACUAAUUUGUACCUUAACUUUGUGCCCACAUGUUAGAAGAAGAAAUUACAAAUCACCUGUUGGCGAUUCUAACUUGAUUUUGUUCCCCUGUGCUCUUGUAAAUCUAAAUCCCUUAUGUCUUAGAAAGUAAAAAUCUAAACACCAGCAUCAGACAUACUGCUUGACCUCAAAUUCAUAGAUUUCGCCACAAUAUUUCCCGGGUUGAUAUUUCACAAAAUCUCCUAAGCGUUCCGAUUGACAACGUACUUUCUUUAUAAGGAGAUUUUGAAAUACGAUCACUCCAGGAAAUAGCCUCAUGAUUAAAACUUAAUGAUAGUCGAUUUAACAAAAAAAAUGCUAUGGCUGGUUCUGAAUGAGUCUUUUUUUUGUCGUAUCUAGAAGGGUGACGAGUAUGAAUAUCAAAUUCACGAGCGCGCUCUUAGCCGCUCUAAUCUGCCUGUCAUUUACCAGCCACCUCGUGCGGGCGAGAAGUUUAAAAGGUAAGUCUUGAUGUUAAAACUCAUGCUGUAAAUUUCCAUAGUAACAGAGGGAGCACUAUGGUUCUCUUCAUAUCAGUAAAGGAACCAGAUGUAUGCUGCACGAUAUAUUCGAUAUGUAUUUGAAGAUUAAAUUUGGUCUCGCCACCCGUAGAGCACGACACAGACUGAGAACUUGGAAGAAUAUGGCCUCAUUCAGUUCGUUUAAGUAAAACAUUCAUUUUUGAGCGAUUUUUUUAAAUUAUCUAUUGCAAAGCAAAUUCAACUGAAUGAAAAUGUUAGAUUUGUUAGGUAACAUAUGUACUAAGUCGCAAUCUUAUGUUUAUCUCUUCUUAGAUUUAGCAAGUAUUUCCAAAGGUAAGACUCUUCGAUCAUUUACCGCUCGAAUCUCAGCGUUUGUUUCUGGACGCAAGGAAGGUGAAAGGAUGUUUUGACAAUUCAGUGUUAUUUGACAUGAAAGACAGAAUAAAAAUGUACAUUUUUUCCUUUCUGUAAGAGGAAGGUAUCGAUAACGAGGCUCAAGACGACGGUGACGAGGCUACAGACACAGCUGUGGAUGAAGUGGAUGCGGACAGCUUAGACUCAGGUAUGAUAGUGGAAAUAUAGACUGCCUACUGAGUAAAUACACAAUAUGUCAAUGUACACUUUAAUGGUGUCAUUUCUACAGUGGAAAAUCUGCCCGUGCUAUACAUUGGAAUAAUUGUAAUCAUUUGUUCAGCUGAGCUACUGCGCAUCGCAUGCGCCCUAGCGGAGCCUCAUAUCUGAAGAAAAAGCCGCUAACUCUUGGCCAAGAAAAUCUAUUUGCCACAUGACCAGAGAUCCGUGCUGGCAAAUGCAGAACUGUUUUUCUUUCAGUCCAAAGCUUAAUUAUAAACACAAACCUUUUGACAAAAAUCUGAAAAUUUUGCUGUUAUAAAGCUUGGCUAAUCGGAUCAAUUCAGUAUCAGUAUCUGGGCAACUGCCCACCUACCCCCUCCCCUAACCCCACAUUAACCUUAACUUGUUGUCAAUUAUCUGUUGUUGAGUUAGGGGAGGGGUAGGUGGGCAGUUGCCCAGAUACUGAUAUUGAUCCGGCUAAUCUUAUAUCUUACUUUUAGAUGACAAUGAAUCAGCAAUAAAAAGAGGCCACUUAACUGACGAGUAUGAUUACUCAGGUGAGAGGGCUUGAUGAGCUUGUCAUUUAUUGAAAAAUAUUCCUAUCACGUCAAAUACUGAGUGAAACAGAAAACCAACAUCUUAACAAAGUACAUUAAUGGCUACUCGGGGAACAUUUGUAUGAGAUCAGUAAGUUCAAAAAGUAAGAUCUCCUCCAAUAAAGAUGAAAAUCACAUCCACGUUCUCAUUUUAAGGUGGAGGGAGGUUUUUUGAAAGAAAGUAUUAUGUUUAGUUUCAUACCAUUUCUUUUUUAAUCACAAUGAAAUGUCAGAUGUCAACUGAUAAACAAACCAAAUGUAGAUGAACAAACAGGCAAUUGAUGCAUGCAUCGAAAAUAAUCAAGAAAGGGUUUAUUAAACAAUUGCGGAUGGGAAAAACGAAGAAGUAGAAAAGAAAACUUGCGAACAAAGGAAUUUUGAGAAAAACUGAAAUCACUUCUUGUUUCGGUGUUGCCGUCUUUAAACUUCUUUGGUUGACCUUUUGCCGAUUUAUGUGGUCUUUCCGCUGUGGUGAAACAAACAUAUGUCAGUCAAUGGUAACCUAGGUUUUACUAUACGAUCAUGAAUUGUGCAACUUUCUCCUGGACAUACAUUGCAAGAAAAAGAACAUCACGAAAGAGAAGUGUUGCCUUAUAUCCCACCCACUCCUAAUCAACGUAUGAAGGAAACACUUUCCUAUGAAUGAACUUCUCGGAUGUUACCAAAAUAAAAACAUUCUUUUAGCUAGCCUUUCAGAAAUUUUUGGAUAAAAAAUGAAAUACUUUGAUCAACUCCAGUUUAGUUAGAUGUAUAACCCUAAAAUGAUAGUCGUUGUCCGAUAUCGGGUGGUUAUGUUUCUUUAGUGAUGCUCUCACCACUAAAUUAAUUGUACCAUUACCAACCCUUGGGGUUUUAUCCAUGAACUCAUUGCUUCACUACAUUUAUUCACAAUCAAGUUGGGGACGCACAUUUUAAGGUAUAUUUGGUAUACUUACUUAACAAAUGCUAACUGGGGAUAUCACCAUCACUGAAUGUCACCUACAGAUAACACUUAAAGAGGGCUCGCAAAGGAAUUUUAUGGGGCAGCUUGUGGGUUUGCUUGCUGUUUCGAUUAUUAGUCGGAUAGGGACUACUUGUAAAAAAGGAUUUGUCUUCACCUUCAAAAAAAUACCAUUAGGUUGUAGUACGUUUAGACUAAUAAUCUAAUAGCUACCAGAACUCCAUAAAUGCUUACCAUACCAAUGGCACCAAAACGAUGAAGACCAUCAUAGGAUCAUCACAUGACACCGUCACCUGAGUUCCCACCGCGUUUUAGAGAGACAAAACAUCGGUCACACCGACAUAUGGCUUUGCGGGUUUGUAACCCUUUUUCUCUCUCUUACUUGCUACUAUUUCUUUCUUAUUUUCUCUUUGCGUUCGAACAUAAACAGAAAUGAAACAUAGAUUCUCAGAAAAUGCACAUUCUGCGAAAGCUUUCGUUGGUUUCUUUGACUCAGUUUGGUUUGGGUAAAUAUUAUUUCUAGAAAUAGGAUAAUGUGGACAUCGAUCAAUCUUUUACAUAAAUAUCAGCUUAGAAGGGAGGUAGAAACCAUUCGUUUGUGCUAUUCUUGCCAAAAAAGCUAACUGAUAACAGCCUAAUAUUUUACCCAGACCCUGAUGUGUGACUUCUCCGCUUGGCUGCAAGAAGUGUGGGUACGAAACUAAUUAUGAGCAUUUAUACAUGGAUGAUCUCGCUCUUUUCUUGUUAUAUUCUACCUGGUCACUGUGAAAAUCAAAAUAAUUCCAGAAUUGAUAUUGAAAUAAACUACGUUGCUAAAUUCCUAACGCUUGCUAAUCUGCUUAACUAAGUUGAAAGUAACCACCAUUACUAAUUUCGUAAAACGCCACCACUAAGUCAAUAUCAUUAGAGCACAGACGUCUAAGCAUAAAAUUUAGCAGCAAACGCCGCAAUCUAUCUUCAAUAGGAAAGACUGAACAAAUCUCUCGGUUUCAAAAAAUGAUCAGACAUUAGAAUACAAGCUUUUAGGCUAUCAAGAUUUUAUUCAAAUUAAAAAACCAAACGUCUUAAUAAACUUUUCUUUGCCUCUCCAUGCCUUUCUAAACUUUCUUAUUCCAGGUUUUCAAACUUUUUCCCCGAAGCCAUAUGUAGUGUGUUUUGUCAUAAGACCAAGACGAGUCAUUCCCAUCAAAAAGCGUCCAGCACACCCAACAAAAUCGCCAACAGGUACACCAAUGCACACCUAACAUGCAUACUCAUUUUUUAUGGUGGUGACGGCAGAGGUAUAUGGGGUAAGCUUUAGAAUAACUUUGUUGCUGGUGAAGGACAAAUCCUUUUUUAUUAGAUACUGCUUUCACCUUGCUAUUUGGGGGCAGGCACUCGGAGAGGGAAGAGUAUUUGCAGAAACUACCGUAAAUAAAUUUCGUCCACUUUUCCCCGAGUGUCAUGAAGCUGAGUCGCCCGACAUGACUCGAUACCUAAAUCUAUGCGCCCGGCCUGCAAAAUAUGCAGAAUGGACUGGGCAAAGCACUGCAUUCAAUUUUUAAACCACAAAUUAUCCUCUUCUCGAUAAAGAUGGAAAAACCUGGAGGCAAAGUGCAAUCAACAUUGCAAUGUAACAAAUCUACUUAAUCUAAACUAAGGUCAGCUUUAAUUCUGUAUCUAAGAGCAGAAAUCUAAAUUAGAAUAACCGCCUUGAAAAAAGCCUGCCUCAAAGUGAACUCCUAAAACGGCAGUGAAAUUGACACAGAUCAUUUGAUUGGCAGAUGAAUCUGCAGAAUCCGGAAGUGCUGCGGCAGAAAGCGGAAGUGGAGGUGAAGAGGAAGCAGCCCCUGCGAGUAAGACAUAUGUUAUAUAAGGUCGUCUCACUUGUUGAAUUAUUACGUGUUAUUCGAUACCAUUUCGGAUUCACAUAGUGAUGAUGUAGGGCGACCCUCUCCCAUAUGAUCUUGUGAUGGGAUGUUUUGAUGGAGUUUCCAUCUAGCUUUGAAUUUUUGCAAAAUUUUAAAAAGAAACUGUUUGUCCACUAAAAAAGUUAUUACUUCAACUCUUGAAGUUCUUUAAAAUGCACAAAUCUAACUUAAUUGCUUUCUCCUUGAUAUACAGCUGAACCGAUGUGUCCUCCACCAUGCAUCCGUCCUCCUGGCCCAGAGCACUGGGUACCGCGACCCCGCUACGAACCCGGCCCAGCCAUUCCUCCCCCGCCACUUGAACCACCCCCACCCCCUCCUCCCUGCCCACCGACAUGCAUGCAAGUGUGCGCUCCUACCUGUGACCCAAGCUGCUGUGGAACACCCGUAGCCUUACCUCCACCCCCACCGAUGCCAGCUUGCCAACCAUCCUGCGCACCAACUUGUUGCCCAAUUCCACCCCCACCACCUCCUCCACCACCGCCACCACCACCACCUCCACCUCCACCACCAAUGAUUUGUCCUCCAACAUGCCAGCCCAGCACCUGUGCCCCAGCCUGCCCUCCAAUAUGCUGCAAGAGAGGAGACUAAUCUCCAGUCGAGUUACCUUCAACCAAACUAGAAAUUCGCGAUCAUGAUGGUACAUGCGAUAGUGAAACGCAACUUGACUUUCUCGUUUUUCUGUCAAGAAUAUGGUAUUUCUGUACAUACAAUGACGUUUUAAGGUCUUUUGCUUUUUAUCUGAGAGCAUAUUGUGACAAAUUUAUGUUUUAAGUAUCGUUACUGGUUCAAUAAAGUAUUCAAGUUUAUGUGAUUGUCUGGCCAUUUGUGUCAAUGUAUUAAUCCAUGUUUAAAUUGCGUAAAGACUCCAGAAAAGUAUUUUCCCUCAAGAAUCCUGAAUUUUCCUUUUCCAUAAUUAGGCUUAAAACACUUUGCUAUGACCACUCCGUCUUUUCCAACUUGGUCUUUCAACCAACGCGAGUUGUUUUGAAACAGGAGUCAUUACCCUAUACAUUUGAAGUAAUGCCCUGUAAAGCUAAUUCUGCAGUAACCAAAAUGUAAGGGAAAAAAUACAUCAGAACACGAAUGUAGCCACGAAUGCCUUUAGCAAGUUUCUUGGAAAACAAUCUUCAACAAAAACAAACAAGGCCACCUUCCAAUUAUUUUUAUUUCUUCUGAACGCAUUCCUUUGUUUUAGAUUUACGGAGGUCAUUAAUUAAGCUUGCUUCUCCUUUGGUUUUGGAAUAUUCUCAAGAUGAAAGUACCUGUAUAAAAAGAACGCAGUUUGCAAUUGGAGGACUACUAAAUUUUGUCAUUCUUGUUCACUGUCUUUAUUUUAGAACUAAAGUAUAUAUUUCCUGAUUCUAGCUGAGCAUUAAUAAGCCAAUUUGAUAUAAUUCAUAGUUUUCACUGAUGAAGAUAUGUACCUUGACUGAUAAGAACAGAUAAACACGCUAAGUAAAAGCAAUUUUUCAAAUCAUUGCAGGAAGGUUAUUAGAGUUUGGCGAUUCCCUAUAGCUGCUAAAACUAAGCGUAUACACAAUCUGGGUUGUUCAACAGUUCCUCCCCAUCCAGGGGAUGGGGACCUAAACUCUUCUCCAGGAAUCAGCGGUUUGAAAAUCCAAGAUGACAGCGAAGUAACUGAGUGAAAAUUAUAUCUGCUGAGGGUUAGUUUGAUGCGCAAAACGUUUUUUUUUUCCGCAAUGUAGCGGGCCAGACUUACGGAAACUUUUGAUUUGAAACUGUAUUUGGAAAACUGUCGACUGUCCUAACUGGAACGUAUUGACAACUAAAAGUAAGAUUGGAUGUUUCAAAGGAGAGGAGAAGAAAUCUUUUAAAACGAACUUUUCACUACAUCAUGUAUCACAUGGCUUUUCUUUCCUUUCAAAUAAAUCGAUGUACUUUCCUUUAGUGAUUCAAUGGAUUUUUUCUCAAAACCUUUUCGGUCAGAACUACCGGCUGGUUCGAGAUUUGACGAAUGAAUUUUUAAUGUUCAAAGGCAAACCACCCGUAAGUUUCAGCUCAGAUUGUGUCCGGUGCACAAAUGCCAAACAAACUACAGCAGCGAAUCUAAGGAUGAUGUAAUGCACUCGAUUCAAGGUUACUCAGCCGUGACAGAUAUUUUUAUCUUUUAUUUUCUUGUCAAGAAUUAAAAGAAUAAUACAGCUGGUAAGUAUUUCGGAGUUUUUUUCCCGUUAUUUUGAUUUCUAGAGAAAGAUUCUGGCUUAUUGAAACGUGUCGACACUUUUUUGUGAUUCACCUUCCAAUGAGGUGGUCAAGAUUUCUUUUGGUACCUGUCGAUUUGUCGAUUUCACGCCUGUAUGGUCCAAAUUUUACUUCUUCGCUUCAGAUGUUCUGUUCUUAACAAGAUGACCAGGUUGUGGCUUGCUUCAGCGACUUUGCUUUGCUUCGCGGUCACGGUCCUGAAGUGUGAAGAACUAAACAGUUACGAAUCAGGUAUGUGUAACAAGCUACUUAUCAACCGUGAAUAUAACAGUUAUUUUAAGUGUGUUUCUCGAGGCCAUGCCGGAAGAAAUCCUUUAAGCCCCGGGCCUAAAUAAAACUAUCGAAGUCGGUCAACAAUUUUUAUUAGCUUAUAUUGUAUAGACACUAGGACUGACUAGGACAAAUUUUAUACCAGCAAAGGCAGACUUAGUGGACAGAUCAACACUACUGAGAGAAAGUGAAGAACUGAAUUGGUAAAAAUUUGGAAUUUCAGAUGGUCAAUGUUUAGAGGCGAAAGGAAAAUUAAAUAAGAGGAAACUUUCCCAAGAACAGCUGCUUCUUAACAAGCUUUCAAUUGGUAUUUAGAUCAGAUCUAGAAGAUCACUGAGGUCAAUUAGAGGUCAAUGUUGUAAAACAAAUCAAAUGAUUUUCUUCGUAAUGAACGCCGGCAAUCUCACUUAAAAUCAAACAGGUCUAUUGUGUGAGUUAGCUCAAAUGAGAAUUUUAAGUAAAGGAUUAACUUUGCAACUUCCUCUUAAUGCAGAAAGGCUAUUUGUAAAAACAAAUUGAUAAUAACAUAAAACAAAUGGGCAGAAAAAAACCUUUUUCUCUAAGGAUGUCUUACUGCUCUAAAAUGAGUUGCCAAAGAUGGUUGCCAACGAGUUGAUAUAAAUGAUAAAACAACAACUGUAAUAGGAUACAUUGGCAACUUUUUGGGAUCAGUCUUACAACGGAAACAUUGCUGCGUGAAAAAAUGUUAUGCGAUACUGUAACUACAUCUAAGAUAGACAGCGAGAAUUUUGUCUUUCAGCGUUCGCAACUGGGAACGUAAGCUUCCUAUCCGAUUUACAAAAGGCAUAUUUGUGUAUUGUAAUAACUGCUAAGUCACCAGUGUUCCCAUUGUUCCCAGGGCUUCUCAUUACUCGACUCGUUUGCGAGGAAAGUUUCAUACAUGGGGACGAGGUUGAGUCCUAUUGGUUUUAUAGUUGUUAUUAGAUUAUCCCAACAGAGUUCAUAAAAAAGCGCUCAAUAUGUGAUUGUGCGAAGGUCCAAAAAACACCAAAGAUAUUUUGAUAUAACCGAUCCUUGCGGACUGGGGACGAACCAAGGGGAGUUACUUUUUUUAUUCAAGGAUUACAACAUUUGAAGGCAGAAUUGAUCACUUUUUUAUUCCAUUUUGUUCUUGAAACUAGUUUCAAACAAAGCUAAAUAAAAUUUGCAACCCAACGUUAGACCAAUAUUUUCGUACUUCAGACCCCACGAAGCUUUCCUUUAGUAAGUUGUUAUUAACUUCACCUUUCUUCAAGCCCCUGUCUCUGAGCUUUGGAAAUUAGUAAGCUCCCCACGAGUUUAUUGGGGCGUUUAUAACAUGAGUUCUCUAUCCAAAAUUUUGAAUGUGCAUUAUUUUUUUCAGGCAGACCAGACAGAAGCGUACCAGCCGUGCAACAAAUCUCUCGUCUGGAUGAUCUCCGGAGUCAAAUCGCAAAGCCCAACAAGGGACAAGAAAAAAAGGGUAAAAAUAAUAAAGUUAAUGAUCACAGUGAUGAUGACAAAAAGGCAGACAAUAAACAAGAAGUUAAAAUCGAUAAUAAGAAGGAAGACAAAAAUGAAGCAAAAGAAGUUAUCAGAGAAGAUAAACUGAAGAAUAAACAAGAGAAGCAAGAUGACAAACAAGGAGAAAAAAAUGAGGACAAAAGUGAUAAAAAAGAUGAUGAAAGCAAAGACAAAUCAGAGAAAAGCGAUGACAAAAAAGAAGAACAUGCAGAAGACACAGAAGAAAAAAACAAUAAGCAAAAGGACAAAGACAGCAGCCCUGAUGAACGGAAGAAAGACGAGAAAAAGAAAGACAGUAAACAAUCCGGUAAAAGCUGAAUUGUCUUGGUCGCUGCUCAUCUCUCUCUGCCAAAACUCUGAUAAAAACUAACAAGUCGAAUUCUAAAGUAAACUAACAUUCCUAAUAACCAUUGUUCUAACGAAAAACUAACCAGACGCUAAUUCUAACUAAAACUAACCCCUUUGACGUCUGUGUUAUUUUUCAGGCUUUACUGACAUUGAUAAGUGUGAAAAUUAACUGCGUUAAUUGUUUUUUCUAGCUGGCAUACCCAAGAAAGACAAGGCCAAACCGAGCCUUAAAAAGCAACAGGAUAAAGCAGCGACCACUCCAGUUAAAAAGCCCGCACCAGUGGCAAGACCCCCCCUGCCCCCUCGUCCCGCCUAUCCACAACCACGAUACCAACCUUAUCAGCAGUCUUACAACGCGUUUCAGUCCCCUAUGUCUCCUAUGUCUGCCAUGGGCGGAGCAUGUUUAGCGCAAUGCUGGAAGAAAUGCACACCUAUCUGUAUUCAACACAGGUGUUGCUUACCUGGGAUGAACAAUUAUCCAAUGCCUGUUCCUCCACCCCCCGCUAUUUAUCGUCCUCCCCCACCCAUGAUGAUGUAUCCUCCACCUCCCCCUAUGCCUUCAGUCUACUCUCAAAUGACCUGCCAGCCCUCUUGCGCUCCAGCUUGCUGCAUGCCACCAAUACCAGCUCCUCCUCCACCGCCGCCGCCGCCACCCCCUCCUCCACCGCCGCCGCCGCCACCCCCUCCUCCACCUCCACCACCACCUCCUCCGCCAAGACCCGUCUUACCCCGUCCCAAUCCAUCAUGUAAUCCAGCAUGCGCUCCUCAAUGCUGCAUGCCGGUAUCAUACCCAGCACCCUAUCCUGCACCGAUGCCUUACCCCGCUCCUUCGCCCCCUGUAAUCGCAAUGGGAUCCCCGGUUCAAAGCGGAUGUUCAUAUCCUAGUUAUCCUGGAUAUCCCUGUGUAAGCAGUCCUGGAACGGUAGCACCCGUAGUGACCCCGAAACCUGCCACUCCAAAGAAACUAUGUAAGCCGAUCUGUCUCAAGUUCUGUCUGACAGUCUGCCCUCAGGAUUGCUGCAGUGCUAAGGUGACAGGUGUGCAAGUUGUUAAACCGUCAACUUCUGUUACUGCGGUAGCCACACCAUCCACUUCUUCAUGCCCAGCAAGUUGUGCUCAAAUAUGUGCAACUCCGUGUCCUCAGGUGCGUCCAAAACGCUUCUAGUGCUGUAAAUUUUUUUCUUUGUAAGACCACCAGUUUGAUUCAAGUAAUUAGCAAGGAACUGCAUAGCAGCUUUAAGAGGAAGUUACAGAUAAUCAGAUUUCACAAGUCAUACGGUUAAAACCGCACGAGGGAAAAAUUAACAAAGAUACACUUUUUGUAAACAGAGCUGUUGCUUACCCACAAGCAAACCCGCUAGCACAGCAGCACCAGGCUCCACUAAGCCAGCUUCUUCAGCAGUAACAGGUAUGGUAAUCGUAUAACACUCACAGGCAAUUGCUGUGAGAGUAUAAGUACUGCCAUUAGAAAUCAUAAUCCGUCAUGCAUCUAUGCGUCACACAAACUGUUCCACAUAGAAGGAUAGCAUACAAAAUUCUGAACAUCAAAUAGGACUACGAAAGAUGGGAAAUUUAUACAGCUGAGAGUUGCAACCGAUUUCCAACCAUUUUAGCCCCACAGGCUGCCAUAAUCUACGGUUUUGGAAAAAUUAGUAUCUAGCUGUUACCAAGGGAACGGGUACUUAGAUUAGUUUAUGUUCUGCUACAGAGUAGAGGACAGACGCCGAACUUAAAAUUCAGAUAGGCUCGCCAAAAUUAGGGUGUAAUGAAGGGAUUCAAAAGCUAAAUAAGAUCUUGAUGAACUAAGAAGAGAAUGAUUUCAAGUUUCUCGUCCUAUUUUCCAAGUAGAGGGUUUUUUUUAUAUAACGUACCAAACCAACGUUAGCGAAGGGCUAGUCAGAACGAAGAAAAGUACCUAGAUAUCAGAGGAACCGAAUAAGUGCUUAUUCUGAGAAAACUUUAUGUACCGAUAAACAGCCACAUGUGAGCAACUCAAGAUUAGUUUUUUGUUUUAAAUCUGAGGGUUCGAGAGGGUAGCGCGAGUGAAUAACUCGACAUUGGUUUAGCGUGGUCUGUACUGUUAUUAACAACGACAUUCAUCAUCACAGUGUCAUGUCAUCACAAAAAAAUGUUGUGGUGUCACGAGGAGCAGCCGAGUCAGUCCACAAUAAAUUUUGACCUUUGUGAUGACGAAUAUCGUUAUAGAUGAGCACAGACCAUGCCGUACCAUUGUCAAUUUGUUUGUGUAUUUUUUUUUUACCACAAUAACGUCAAAUAAGACGAUUCUUUCAGUGCGUGACCAUUGCGUGACACGUUGACACGACAGCGUUGCCUGUACUCUUGCCGAAAACGGCAAAUUGGCCAAUCAGAUUACGACAUUACUGCCUAUUGUGGUAAAACUUUUUACCAACACCGGGAUAAAAACUGUUUUUAAACGUUGUCACUCUUUAGCCCGGCCAACAGCUACCCCAACGUCAAAGAAACCAAAGCCUGUUUCGUGCGUGGCGCCGGCCUGCUCUCCUCAGACGUGCCUGCCAUCGUGUCCCAAACCAUGCUGUACUAAGAAACGCUUUCAUGAUAUGGAACUAGUUGCGGGAUGCCCUCGUGUUUGCUUUUCGAGUUGUGAACAAGUAUGUCCCAGGCGCUGCUGUGGUCCUCACCCACCAAUUAAAGCUACAAUCAACCACAGACCUAAAAUCAAUGACAUCCCCCAGUCCCCAAGAUGCCCGAAGAUAUGUGCUGAUGUAUGCGCUCUAGAGUGUCCCCACAGGUGCUGUGGCCCUGGCUCCAUGAAGAGGGCGUUUAUUUCAAGACCGUUCCCUCGUUUGGCUUACAUGAAAAAUCAGUAUGCAUUUAAUCAGAAAAGACACCAAGUACCGGUGUCGCGAUUCAAUAAUCCACGACGAUUUGGACUGAAGAAGAAACGAAACACCAUUCACUAACAGACAUUGAGUGCUGGCUUGUCUAUAAUAAGCCUCGAUGGUUAUGCUCGACGAUGGCUUUGGCUGAGAGAACAAAGAUCUAGAGAAAGAGAAAGGUUCCUGGAAAGGAGAGGUGCAAAGUUGACUGAAAAGAUCGUAGAGGUCUUGUACAAUGACUUUAUAAGCGGAUACAACCCUGUCUACUGAGACUGGUUUCUAGGGAUAAGACAUAUCUGGGGAUACAGCAUGUUGACAAUUUCCUAUUGCAAUUUUGAAUUAUAGCAUUAUUACAUAUUAGAAUUAUUUAACACUAGCCAUACAUAUAUUGCACUAUAAAGCGUUACCAAAGGAUAUAGGCUUUAUCAUGUACAUAUCGCUUUAUAUAUUAUUACUUCUGCACAUAACAUGCCAUGCAUAUAUUCCACCAAUAUUUACAUGUUUUUUCGUGUACAUACUAAAUACUACUUUAAGUACUAUCGUUGGUUUGCAGCAAACUGUAAUUAAACCUUUACCCAGUGAGUCUGGCUUCUUCCAGUCUGGUUUCUGGUUCAGAAACAGUUAGAACUGACGAGCAACUUGAGGAAAACAAAUAAAAUCACACUUUUCCGUAGACGUAGCUAUGCUUCACAGACUGUAAAUUAAUGCACAGAGAUAAUCAGAUAAUAAACAUG